GCUCUUUGCAAUCAUCAUCUGUUUGACUGGAUUACUUGUCAUUUUAUUACUCUACAUCGCAUUCCGCUCGCUGUUUCCUUUUUCUAUCAGUUACGGUUGAUUACUUCUGGAUAAAGGCAGGCAUCAUACGGAGAAGCCCUCUUUCUCCCUUCAUCAAGCCUUCGCCCAAUAUAAACAACCUUUCCUCUCUCGUAUCCUUGCAGACCAGCAUUAGUUCUCAUCAAACAUCUUUAUUUUCUUAUUUUCGACUAUGGAGCUAAUGAAAGAAAAUCGACCGGCGCUAUUGGAUGUGGCUUCGAAGGACAGUGCUAACAGGGAUAAUAUCAAGAAAAACAACAAUACCAACAACGAUAACAACCAUGUGGAUGGACUGGAUCUUCUUGUGAAAGCAGCUCAGAAGGUCUCGCUGCCAUCUAAGGGUGUUUCACAAAAGAAACCCAAAGCACCAACUAUGCAUUUGAACGGUUCAUAUGAGACACCGGUGAUUGUUGGCAGAGGCUCUCAAGCAACACUCAACCUCGGUAGAAUCAACAAGCAGGUGUCGAGACGUCAUGCAAUUAUUCAGUGGUGUCACGAGGUUUCGGCCUUUCAAAUCAUAGUUCUCGGCCAGAACGGGGUCCGUAUCAAUGGUACGGGAUAUCCCUCCGGCCAGCAGACAAUACUUCGCGAAGGAGAUGUUGUCGACUUGGUGGGCGUCAAGAUGCUUUUCUGUGCGCCUGUGGGAGCACCUCCUCCAGCUAAUAGAGAUUAUCAGGACUUGACACAUUUCGAAAUUAGUGACCUGGACCAGACAGACGAUAACCAUAGAGUCGACUCAACACCUGCUGGCUUAAUGACACCAAAACGCACCCAGAAAACUAACCCAGCUCAUCAACUUGCGACACCAAUCCAUUCAUCGCCUAUCCGCGAAUCGCCUCAAUUAGCUUCAACUGCACGUAUGAGAUACAAAAUACUCAAACACAAUCCUUCAUCGGACAAUCGGACCUCGUUGAACUCGCCGCCACCCUCAUCUGACCCAGCCACAGAGUUUGAUUAUGAAUCACGGCCUAUCUUUACACUUGCAAUGGACAAUCCACCCAAUCAAAGCUCCUUUGGGCCGGAAAGCCCCAGAUCAGAGCAUGAUGUUUUUGUGGAUGACCUUUCACUCAAGGAUCCACCAUUGAAAGCUUUGAACCAACGUCUGCCUCUUGCGCCUUUAGCCUUGCAGGAGAACAGACAGGUGAAUACACCUAAAUCUCUGCCAACAAAUAUUCACAUGGAUACCAAAUUUGGCGGCAAAUCAGUGUCUAACAAUAUACAAAAGUCACCUGCACCCCUAAAAUCAGUUUCCUUAGACGUUAACGCCAACCGACUUACUUCGGAAUAUAGCCAUCAAAAAGCGCAUGUUGGUGAUGGUGCGGCUGCUGAGAACGGAGCCAAAGCAAGUAUCGAAUCCAAACCAGAGAAGCCCAAGACAACCAAAGCCAAGUCUAAAGAGCAUACUCGUUUAACACACACGAGCCUGGAUAAGCAAGAAAGGAAGAAAGAAAAAGAAGUAGAAAAGAGCUUUAAAGAUGUAAAGUCGACUUCAAAAGAAUCGACAGCGCGGAAGAUCAAUGUGAGCAAGCAACAAGAUAUAGCGACUACCACCACAAAGCCUUCCUUGGAGGAGGAUCAAAAGAGCGAAAAAAAAGAAGCAUCAAGCGUCCCAUCUUCGUCUCAGGAGUUGUUAUCGGACAUACCAGUGCAAGACAAGAAGACAGGCAUGGAUUAUACAGAAAUGAUCAUUGACACACUUGUAUUUGCGCGAAAGAAAAAGUCAAUGACCUUAAGUGAGCUGUUUGACGAAAUGAUUGCGAGCCAGCCAUCGUUAAUGCGAUUACAGACCCAAGAGGAGAUCAAAGAGCAGAUGUUGCAAUGUCUCAGUGCCGCCCGCUGUGUGGGCAAAAUUACGCGUAAGGGCAAAGAUGCAUACAACAAACCUCUGGAGAGUCAGUGGUAUUAUAUUCCGGAAUACGACCAUAAUGUGAUGCGUAAGCUUACGCGCCAGGAGGUCAUGCCAAGUGCUCGUAAAUGCACACUGACGGAUAAACAAUAUUUCUUCAAAAUGCCGCCUAAAUUACCAUACCAUCGCAAAACGACAUCACCCUAUGCUGUCAAGUCAUCCAGUCGCCGUACGAAGGAGUCAAGCAAGCUAUCCUCGGCGGUCGUUAGUGAUGACGAAGGUGCAGACGAGCACUCAUCAUCUUCGGGUGAGGAAGAGGAGGAUGCAGAAAGUACACUAUUGCAGUCAACGAUCAGAAAACGCAAAUCUGCCAACGUUGGACGCUCAGAUAAGAAACGCAAGAGCACGACGGUACAGCAGUUGGUAGUAAACGCAGUUUCAAGCUCGACUCAUGAUGGCAGUGGGGGCAACGGUAAUGAAGACGAGGAGGAUGAUGAUGCCCAUAAUGAUUCGUUAGAUGAUCUUUCUGAACUCUCGGGAUUAUCAGACUGAAAGAAGAUACACAGUUUAUUGUUACUCGAGAAAAGGAGUUUUUUUCUUCUACCAACGCAACAAAUAAAUCAUUGUUUCUCAACAUUUUGCACAACGAUAGCAUCCUUUUUUUUUUAUUUUUUUUUAUUUUUAUUCCCAAAUUCUCUUAAGUGCU